GCAUGCUGAGCAGGAGGAGGAGCGGGUUUUCUGUCAACCACAUGGCGAAUGUUGACGCUUUGUGUCACCUGGCUUGUUGGAUGUGAGCGGGGCAGCUGGCAAAUGUGCCAGCUAUUACGGAACAGUGAGGCCUGCGUCUCUCCGCCCACGCCGCAAGCUGCCGGGACGCGCCGGCGCUUUAAUGCAGCGGACCCUGUGAACUGUGUUAGAGAAGCUGGGAGGGAGAGAGCCGGCGAUUCCUGCCUCAUUCAACAUAAAGCGUCUCUUAUUUUGAAAGGUGGCACCGGAAGUGUGCUCCUUUAAAUUCCUCUGCCACCACAUUCUUCUGUCAGUCCGGAGACGGGAUAGUGCAACUUUUUACCCCAAAAAUGAGCGACAAAGGACUGUCAGACGAUGCGGCGGCAGCAGCGUGUAAAGACGGGGACGCUAUAACGCAGGACUUCAUGAUGCAGCAGACGAUGUUGAGGGUGAAAGAUCCAGUGAAGUCCCUGGAUUUCUACACCAGAAUCCUCGGCAUGACGCUCCUGCAGAAGUUCGACUUCCCCUCCAUGCGUUUCUCCCUCUUCUUCUUGGGCUACGAGGACAAGAAGGAGAUCCCUGCAGAUGUGAAGGAAAAGACGGCCUGGACCUUCUCCCGGCGGGCCACCAUCGAGCUGACGCACAACUGGGGUUCAGAGUCCGACGAGAGCCAGUCGUAUCACAACGGGAACUCUGAUCCACGAGGCUUCGGACACAUUGGGAUCGCUGUUCCUGACGUUUACGCAGCCUGCAAAAUGUUUGAAGAGCAAGGAGUCACGUUUGUGAAGAAGGCCGAUGAUGGUAAGAUGAAAGGCCUGGCCUUCAUCCAGGACCCCGACGGCUACUGGAUCGAGAUCCUGAGUCCCAACACGAUGGUGUCCAUCACCUCCUAAAGAAAUCCUGCUGCUGCUACGGCCAGGCCUGCCGUGGCUCCACCGGGGGGGGCAUCAUGAGAGUCAGGGGGGGGCAGGACCGCCGAGGCCUCCAGGGCCCGGGUCCUGCCUGAUACUGGACUGAUACUGGACAAUCAAUGAGCAGAUAGAUUAGAGAGGAGCGACUCUCUCCUGGUCCUCCAUCAUCAGCUGUACAUGUGGUGCCGACACGCUGGAUCUGGUAAUAAUAAAUGUGAAAGCAGACGGA